AUGUGUUGUUCGAGCACAAGCACCUUCAUCAUCAUCGAUCCCGCCAGAAUAUCUCAGAUAAGUUGUGCCCUCGGAGUGAGCUCGACACCAUAAGCAUCACCACCAUCAACAUUAUCACUCGCAUCCUCGACAACCUCCGUCCGUCCAUAACACAUCCCAGUCGAGUUACCCGCACUCUGCCAAAACAGACAAAUCUUUCGCCUAAAGAAGCAUUCUUUGAGUGUGUUGUGGCAGUUCCCUUCUAAAACUACACUCACCCAAAUCCUCUUCUGCCAAUCCACAAAGGCAGUACUUGAGCAGUUAUCAAUGCAAAGCUACAACUACUGGAGUGCUCCCAUCUCAGGACUCAUGAAUAUCACAAGUGCAACUCUUUCUAAUGCUACCCACCAACACGAAAACGACCUCAUCUUCGCCAGCUUCAACCAGGAUACGACAUCACUGGCUGUGGGGAACAGCUCGGGUUAUAAAUUAUACUCGCUCAGCUCCUGUGAUAGCCUCGAACCCAUCUAUGAAAAUGACUCGGAAGAGGUCUAUAUCGCCGAGCGACUUUUUUCCAGCAGCCUCGUCGCCAUUGUGUCGCGUGAAACGCCACGCAGGCUCCGGGUGUGCCAUUUCAAAAAGGGCACGGAGAUUUGCAAUUACAGCUACAAUUCUAAAAUCCUAUCGGUGAAGAUGAAUCGAUCUCGGUUGGUGGUGUGUCUGGAGGAGUCACUGUUUGUCCAUAACAUCCGGGACAUGAAAGUGCUUCACACUAUUCGGGACACGCCUCCAAAUCCCUCUGGAUUGUGUGCCUUAUCCACCAAUUCGGACAACUGUUUCCUCGCCUACCCUGGUCACUCCAGUGUGGGCGAGCUUCAAAUCUUCGAUGCCAUGAACUUGUCUUCUAAAACAAUGAUACCCGCUCACACUUCGAAUUUGGUGGCUAUUGCCUUUUCUCCCUCGGGAACCCGCGUGGCAACGGCCAGCGACAAAGGAACCGUGAUCCGUGUGUUCAAUGUUAACUCGGGGACCAAGUUGUACGAACUGAGGCGGGGUCUGAAACGCACAGCCCAUAUCUACUCGUUGUCUUUCUCUCCUUGUGGACGGUUCUUGGCUUGCUCCUCGAACACGGAGACGGUUCACAUCUUUCGGUUGGAGGAACAACCCCGAGAGAGCGAGGUCAUUAGCCAAAGCCCUCCCAAUGAUAGUUGGGGAUCGUAUUUCAACAACAUGGUUUCGGCGUCAGCGAGUUAUUUACCUACUCAGGUAACGGACACCUUGCUGCAGGGCCGUGCUUUCGCCACCAUCCGCCACAACCAAUCCGGACUCAAAAAUAUUUGUGCCCUAGCCUUGAUCAAAAAGAGUCUUCGGCUGCUGAUUACUUCGCAAGAUGGUUAUCUCUACAUGUAUGGUCUUAAUUUGGAGGAUGGUGGAGAAGGGACCCUUAUCAAGCAGUUCCAACUCAGUGAAUUUCGACCUUUACCCACCUCUGGAACAAGUCCUGAUGGAACGAGUGAUGACGCCUCCAUGGACGAGGCCUCUCCCCCAAAGACGAAUCCCCCGGAUGACGACGUGAGCUACGCUGAUCGCGUCAAGAAUCGUCACCCUCACGAGAUGACCGGUAAUGAUGAUUCAGAUUCUGAAAAGUUUCAUGAGAUGGAAAAAGCCACGGCCAGCCCGCCUCGGGAAUGUUUUCUAUUGGAUGACGAUGGGGAGUUUCCACCCAUGCAGGACAAGAGGGCAGCCCGCCCUUGAAACUUGGUUGGCGAGACGUUAUCUAAAAAAAUGCCAACCCAUUACAGAAAGAAAAAAAAACACAAAAAUACUUUCAGUUCCAAGAUACCUGUUGUACUUAUUGUAAAUUACUAGGAUUAACGACGCAAAAAAACCGUUACAAUCAUC